AUGUUUUACACUAAUCAUUCCAAGAUUUAAUCUAAUUAAGAGGAAUGUGAAGUUUAUUAAAUAAAAGAAGAUCUAUAUGAAAUUAUGGCCUCCAUUAAGGACAUUGAUAGUUCAACAUUUAAAGUAGUACUGCAAAUACUCAGGAAAAAGAAAAUUUCAGAUAUUUUAGAAUUCUUUUAAAAGAAAGAUAAUCAUAUGUUCUAGGAAUCUUUUACAAAUAAUAUAGAGAAUUAAAUGGAAGUUGAAAAUAAAAUUGUGCGAAUUGCUAAUAUUUUAAGAAAUAUUUAAAAUCAUUCUUUUAGUAAAAAUGAUUUUUCCUCAUAAAUUUAUGAAAAGGAAAGAUUAAAUCUAAUAAAGAAGAUAUCAGGGAAUCAGAACAUCAUUGAUUUUCUGAAAUUUUUAGUUCAAUUAACAACCAUAGAUUAAAAAUUCAUUCAAUGUGGGUCAAAUGGACUUAAUUUAUUAGUGCAGAUGAAGGUUGAUCUUAAAAAUUAAAGCUUUGAAUACAUCAGAAUAAGGGAUACUAGUUUGAUUGGUGGAAAUUUUGUCAGAUGUAAUCUAAGUGGAUCCGAAUUCGAAAAUGUAGACAUUAGUCUUAUUAAUCUAAAUGGAGCACUACUAUUAAAUUGUAAAUGGAAGAACAUUAAAAUUCAUGAAUUGAAUAAAUUAGAUGGUCUUACAUGGAGAGUCAACUCAGUAAACUUUUCACCAGAUGGAACUACUUUAGCAUCUGGAAAUGAUGAUAAAUCAAUUAGAUUAUGGGAUGUUAAGACGGGAUAGUAAAAAGCCAAAUUAGAUGGUCAUAAUAGUUUGGUCCUAUCAGUAUGCUUUUCACCAGAUGGAGCUACUUUGGCAUCUGGAAGUUAUGAUAAUUCAAUCAGAUUAUGGGAUGUUAAGACGGGAUAAUAAAAAGCCAAAUUGGAUGGUCAUAGUGAAUGUGUCUAAUCAGUAAGUUUCUCACCAGAUGGAACUACCUUAGCAUCUGGUAGUAAUGAUAAAUCAAUCCGUUUAUGGGAUGUUAAGACUGGGUAAUAAAAAGCCAAAUUAGAUGGUCAUAUUUAUAUAAAUCAUUAAAAUUAAUUAUUAAUUAUUCUAAAAUUUUCUUUGUUUUUAUAUAAAAUAAUUAAAAACAACUACUAUUUUUCUAUGGAUUUUCAUAUUAAAAUGAUAAACUAAAUUGGAUUUAAUCUUUAUAUAGUUUAUGAUUUCCAUGUCUAAUCUUUAAAAAUAGAUAAUAAAAUUUCAAUUUUAGAGCUUUAACCUUUUAAAUAUAAUAGAAUUAUAUUUAAAUUAAAAAAUGAAUAAUUCAAACUAAACCCAUUUGAGCUGCCAAUAAUCAACUUAUUCGGAGGGAUAAACUAUUGAAAAAGAAGUUUAGAGUUAUAAUUAAAGAAUGUAAAGAAUUGAGAAAAUCAAAAUUCAAAUCAAGCUCACCUUAGAUUAAUAAAUCAUCUAUUCAUAAAAUGGAGCAAUUUUGAGAGUGUAAAUUUUAUUUGUAACUUUAAAUAUAGAGUAGAAGGCUGUGAUGUUAUUGAGAGACUAGAAACAUUUAAUAAUAUGGAUCAAAUACAAAAUCUUUCAUGGUAAGGUUAGUAUGGUAAAAACAAAAAAAAAGAUGGUAAAUGGAUUGCUUUUUGGACUAAAGAACUUCUAAAGAAUGUUGGCGGAUACUAUAAAGAAGGGUAAAAAUACGGAUUAUGGAAAGAUCUAUUCCUAAAUUAUUGGAAGUAAGUUAUUAAUAUUUUACAUUAUGAAAAGAGAGGCUUAAAUUUUUGAAACAGGAGAAUUUUAGAGUGACCUAAGAAUUGGAAAAUGGAAUUAUAUUUAUUAAAAUGCCAAGAUGUAAUUUUUUUUUUAAAGUUUAGCGGAGGUGGAUCAUACAAUAAAGAUGGUUAUAAAUAAGGUAAAUGGAUCGACCUAGAUGAAGUUUAUUAUAAUGAUAAAAGUGUCACUUAUAAUGGCGAAUAUAAUAAGAACGGUAUGAAGGUAGGUAUAUGGGAUAUUAUGCAUUUCAAUAAAUAAAUGGAUGAAUAUAAAUAUAUGUAAGUAAUUUAUAGGUUACAAAGGGGAAAAUUUAGUGGGGGUGGAUCAUAUGAUUAAAAUGGAAAUUAGAAAAAGAUUGGAAAAUGGGUAGAAUUGGAUGAAGGGUUUUGUUAUAAAUAAGUCACUUGUUGGGGUGAAUAUAAUAGGAAUGGCAGGAAGGUAGGUAAAUGGGAUAUUAUUUAUUUUUAAAAUUAUUAAAAGGGAUAUAAAUAUAUGUAAAGAUUUUAUAAUAUGAAGGGGAAUAUAAAAAAAUUAUUAGUGGUGGAGGAACAUACGAUUAAGAAGGAAAUUAGAAAAAGAUUGGAAAGUGGGUAGAAUUAGAUGAAGGGUUUAAUGAAAAUAAAUAAAUCACUUAUAAAGGUGAAUUCAAUACGAAUGGUAUUAAGGUAGGUCAAUGGGAUACUAUAUUUUGUAAAUAUAUUGAUGAAGGAUAUCAAUAAAUGUAAAUAAUAAAUUAGGUAUUAGGGGGCAAAUUUUAUGCAUAAAUAGUGGUGGUGGAUCAUAUGAGAAAAAAGGAGGUUAGAUAAAGAUUGGCAAGUGGGUAGAAUUGGAUGAAGGGUUUAAUGAAAAUAAAUAAGUCACUUAUAAUGGUGAAUACAAUAUGAAUGGAAUUAAGGUAGGUAAAUAGGACAUUAUGUAUCAACGAAAUUAAAUGUAUAUAUUUAUUAAGUAUAAGAUGAAUAUAUCAAUAGUGGUGGCGGUAAAUAUGAUUUAGAAGGAAGCUAGUAGAAGAGAGGUAAGUGGAUAGAAUUAGAUGAAAAGUUUUCUAAAUAUAAUCAAGUCACUUAUAAUGGCGAAUAUAAUAUCUAAGGUUAGAAGAUUGGUAGAUGGAAUAGAAUAAAUUUGCAAUAUCAAGAUAAGUUAUGGUAUUCUAAUACUUAAAUAAAUUAGCGGAUUCAUUAAUUUUGAUGAGAAUGGAAUUGAGAUUUAUAGGAGUGAAAGGUAUUACAAAUUGUUAAUCAAUAGUGAAGCCAUUAUUUAUGCGGGGUCGUUUAAAAACAGAAAAAAGAUAGGUAGAUGGGAUAUUUUAUAUAGUUAAUAUGAUGAAUAUAAAUAAAUGUAAAUUUUUAUUAAGUAUUAGGGAAAUAUAUCAAUAGUGGUGGAGGUAAAUAUGAUUUAGAAGGAAGCUAGAAAAAGAGAGGAAAGUGGUUAGACUUAGAUGAAGGGUUUGGUUAACAUAAAUAAGUCAUCUAUCAUGGUGAAUAUAAUAAAGGUGGCAUGAAGGUAGGUAGAUGGAAUAUUAUGUGUAGUAAAUAAAAUGAUUAGGGAUAUAAAUAAAUGUAAAUAUUAAAUAAUAUAUAAAGUGGAAAUAUUGACGUAUAAAUAGUGGUGGCGGUUCAUAUGAUUAAGAAGGAAAUUAGAAAAAAAUUGGAAAGUGGGUAGAAUUAGAUUUAUGGUUGGAUUAUAAAUAAGUCACUUAUAGUGGUGAAUAUAAUAUGGAUGGCAAAAAGGUAGGUAGAUGGGAUAUUAUGUAUUGUAAAUAUAAUGAAGGAUAUAAAUAAAUGUAAGUAUUAUAUAAGGUAUAGAGAGGCUAUAUUGAUGCAUAUAUAGUGGUGGUGGAUCAUAUGAUUAAGAAGGAAAUUAAAACAAGAUUGGAAAGUGGAUAGAAUUGGAUGAUUAGUUUUAUGAACAUAAAUAAGUCACUUAUAUUGGUGAGUAUAACAUGAAUGGUAUUAAGAUAGGUAGAUGGGAUAUUAUGUAUUGUAAAUAUGAUAAUGAAAAAUAUUAAUAAAUGUAAAUAUUAUAUAAGGUAUAAAGGCAUAUAUAGUGGUGGCGGAUCAUAUGAUUAAGGAGGAAAUCAAAAAAAGAUUGGAAAGUGGGUGGAAUUUGAUGAAAAGUUUAAGCCUUGUAAAUAAAUCACUUAUAAUGGUGAGUAUAAUAUGGAUGGAAUAAAGGUAGGUAGAUGGGAUAUUAUGUAUUGUAAAUAUGAUAAUGAAAAAUAUUAAUAAAUGUAAAUAUUAUAUAAGGUAUAAAGGCAUACAUAGUGGUGGCGGAUCUAUGAUUAAGGAGGAAAUUAAAAAAAGAUUGGAAAGUGGAUAGAAUUAGAUGAAAGCUUUUGUUUUCGUAUGAAAAAUUGCAAUGAAGUCACUUAUGAUGGUGAAUAUAAUAUGGAAGGCCAAAAAGUAGGUAUUUGGGUAGAAAUGGAUAUACAUUAGAAAAAAAAACGAGGAGAAAGGUAUUACGAUAAUUGA